UUCUUCAUCUCCUUCACCGUUUUCUCGUUCGUCAAAUCUUCACCAGUUCCUCUGACCAACCAAAAUCGUGGAAAUAUUUUCUUUUUCCCGCUGGUUUUUUUGAGUAAAACGUUUCAUGUAGAUGGCAGCUAAACUACAUCCACCUGGUCUCGUAUCGUCAAGCUCUUCAACUCCACGUCAGCCGCGGAUCCCUAUUGUAUCUUUCGUAUCCUGCAAAAAGGCGGUGCAGUUAUCAAACUGCUUGAGCACUAGUCCCAGGAGCCAAGUGUUUGUUAGAUAUGGUUUUCUCGAAAGGAGUUCGCAUUACAAGAAGAAAGCACGGAGGAGGAGGCUUGUGCAGCCUUUUCUCCUGGCUUCUGCUGAAGACGGAGUAGCUGUUAGUGGAGGAAGUUCCCAGUCAGGAGGAUCUAGUAGUAGCAGUAGUAGUGUUGGGGAGGUGAGGGCCAAGCUGGCGGCGGCGGCGGGGUCGUUGCAAGAGGAAAGCUACUGUAAUGGACUCGUCCAGUCUCUUCACGACGCUGCGAGGACUCUCGAGUUUGCUGUCAAGGAGAAGAUUACUCCGCCGAGGUUUUCGUGGUUCUCUGCUACGUGGCUGGGAGCUGAUAGGAAUGCUUGGUUGAAGACUCUUUCCUAUCAGGCUUCUCUGUACUCCUUACUACAAGCUGUAAAUGAGAUUUCAUCGAGAGGGAAUAACAGAGACGAGGAUGUUAACGUCUUCGUUCAGAGGAGCUUAUCACGCCAAGCUGCUCCCCUUGAGAAUAUGAUGCGGGACACUCUAUCAUCCAAACAUCCUGAAGCCUAUGAAUGGUUUUGGUCUGAGCAAGUUCCUUCUGUAGUGACAUCUUUUGUGAAUUAUAUUGAGGGGGAUCAACGCUUUCUUGCCGCCACUUCUCUCUAUACUUCUAAAGGAAAGUCCUCCGCUGCAAGUAAUGAGAUUGAGGUGUCACUUCUCAUGCUUGUACUCAAUUCCAUUGCAGCAAUCACGAAACUUGGCCCAGCAAAAUUUUCCUGCCCACCCUUCUUUUUGUCGCUUCCAGACACAACUGGAAGACUGAUGGAAAAAGUUGUAGAUUUCGUUCCACUCCCUCAAGCGUAUCAUUCAAUCAAAAGUAUAGGCCUACAAAGAGAGUUUCUUACUCAUUUUGGUCCUCGGGCAGCACUGGGCAGAGUAAAAGGUGACUCUGCUACAGAUGAAGUUGUUUUCUGGGUUGAUCUUAUACAGAAACAACUGCAGCGGGCUAUAGAUCGGGAGAAAAUAUGGUCAAGGUUAACAACUUCCGAAAGUAUAGAGGUUUUAGAGAGGGAUUUAGCCAUCUUUGGAUUCUUCAUUGCCUUGGGCAGGAGCACGCAGUCCUAUUUAGCUGCAAAUGGUUUUGAUUCUCUUGAGAACCCUUUGGAAGACCUUGUUAGGCAUCUCAUUGGGGGCAGCGUCCUGUACUAUCCACAACUUUCAGCCAUCAGUUCAUACCAACUGUAUGUAGAGGUUGUUUGCGAAGAACUAGAAUGGAUUCCUUUCUAUCCGAACAGUACUGGCGCACAGCCUCCAAAACAAUCACACGGGCAUAGGAGCAAACCAGAAGGGCCACCUAAUUACGAAGUUAUUCCCCAGGUGCUGGAUGUUUGUUCUUAUUGGCUGCAGAGCUUCAUUAAACAUAGUAAAUGGCCAGAGAACCCUUCUAAUGUCAAGGCAGCAAAAUUCCUAUCCAAGGGGCACAAGAGUGUGAUUCGGUGCAGGGAAGAACUGGCGAUAUCAAAGAAUGCUUCAUCAGCUGUUACAGAGUCGGACUCAUUUGACAAGGCCCUAGAAAGUGUAGAUGAAGCCCUCGUGAGAUUGGAAAGCCUGCUACAGGAGUUGUAUGUAUCCAACUCAUCGUCUGGAAAGGAACAAAUAAAAGCCGCUUGCUCUGACCUUGAGAAAAUACGGAAGCUUAAAAAAGAAGCUGAGUUUUUGGAGGCAACAUUCAGAGCCAAAACAGCUUCCCUGCAACAGGAGGGUGAUAAAAACGAUUCCCGGGAAUCCUACGAGAUACAAAAACGGUAUUUUAAAGGGAAAAUCACAAAGAAUGCAACUAGUUCUGAAGAUAAAGGCAACAGUAUGAGUCGUGGAUUCUGGGGAUUCUUUGUACGGCCUCCAAAGAGUAAUCCUGAUCCUGAGUUCUCGGGGGAUGAAUUUCCUGGGAAAUCCAGUGGAAACUUACUUCCCAUGGACUCGGAACCAAAUGAAAUUAGUCGAUUUGAAAUCCUAAGGAACGAACUGAUAGAACUGGAAAUGCGGGUUAAAAGAAGCACUGCUCAGACAAUAGAUGAUGAGGAAAGAAUCUCUGAAGAUUCUCCUCGACCAAGCAGUAGACAAACAGGCGUUCAGUUGGUACAAAUAAAGAAGGAAAACAUGAUCGAGAAAACUCUUCACAAGCUAAGAGAAACCACAACGGACGUGUGGCAAGGUACUCAGCUUCUUGCCAUUGAUUCAGCAGCUGCUAUGAAGCUACUUCGGCGAUCUCUCAUUGGUGAUGAAUUAACACAGAAAGAAAAGAAAGCUCUGCGCAGAACCAUGACUGACUUGGCAUCAGUCAUUCCCAUCGGUAUUCUAAUGCUUCUUCCUGUUACAGCGGUUGGUCACGCAGCUAUGCUGGCUGCAAUUCAGAGAUAUGUCCCAGGCCUGAUUCCUUCCACAUACGGGCCAGAAAGGUUGAACCUAUUGAGACAGCUCGAGAAAGUCAAGGAACUGCAAACAAACGAAACUGAGGCCGAAGAAAGCACCGAGAAAAUAGCAUAUGACUAAGAAUACUCGUGUACCUCCUCUUUUCAUUUUGUUCGGUAAUUCAUUGCCAAUAGCUGCGCGUAGAGGAUCUCAUUCCAUGUGUCAGGUACACCGGGUAAGCACCAGUGACUGCAAUCUUGAGGAGCAUCUUGAGGAGUUCCUGGCUCUCGAUACCGCGAAGGAUGAGCAUCUUUCCUGAACUCGGUCAGAUAUGUAAUAUUCAAAAACUUAACCUUACUAUGUUCAUAUCUCAUUCCUUGUAUUACUUCAGAGAUAUAACUGUUGUGGAUAGGGUCAGGUUCCAUCUUCGUCAUAUCAA